AUGAUGACGAUGAUAAUAUGUCAUAAGCUGUUUUACACUCCACUAUCUAAUACUGUUUUGCUAAAACACCCUGAAAAAUGCCAAAAUGUAAGGAAACAGGCUAUACAAAGUGUUAAAGAAAAGAAGUUUUCGCUUAGAGAAGCAGCUGACAGGUAUGUCGUGCCGAGAAGUACUCUUAAUAAAGGACAACAGGUUAACUUGGUACCAAAACUAGGGAGAUUUGAAAACACAUUCUCAGAAGAUCAUUUACAGAAUGUGAAGGAUCUUGAUAAUCGUCUGAUGCCGUUUCUGAGAUUGGCAUUUCAGUUUGCAGAGCGCCUUAAAAUUCCACUCAGAACUCCAGAAUCCACCAGCAUUGCGAGGGCAGUUGAUCUAACAAACCUCAAGUGGACCGCUUUUAUGAUCAUCUCGACAAAUUACUACAGGAAAAGAAAUUCCGUCCAUCCAGAAUAUACAAUGCUGAUGAAACUGGAGUUUCUACUGUUAACAAGAAUGAAAAAGUAA